CUGACAUUCAAUUUUACACGAGUAUACCAAACGUUCAAAACUGCUGGUCAUCUCACGUCAAAAACCCCAAAAACAACCCACAAAAACCAAAGAGACCAACCAGCUAACAAGUUCCAUCGCCAGUAAGUUAUGGGGUUGGUCGUUUACUGGUACGAUUUCAUCUGCUUUGGUAUAGUCUUGGCUGCAAUCGUUGCGUCCUUGUGGUUCCUAUUGUGCAGAGAAAGAGGCUGCGUUGACGUUGAAGAUACGACGCACAAUAGCUUCCUACAGUCUAGAUCAGGGUCAGAGAGCCUUGGUUCGGCUCGGUUACGGACGAGCUGCUGGAGAGGGUUACAUCCUGGCUGGCUUCUCUUCACUCGGUCCAUCUCUUUUCUCUCCAUGGCUGCUUUAUUGGCUUGGGACGUCUUGGAAUGGGACGCAAGCAUCUUCGUCUAUUACACUGAAUGGACCUUCAUGCUUGUAAUGAUCUACUUUGCGAUGGGUAUUGUAGCUUCAUUAUAUGGUUGCUUAGAAAAUUACAAAGAGCCAACAUCAGGAGUUUGUGACGAUGCGGUUGGAAACAAGGUCGGAGAUGGUGAAUUCAGGGAAAGAUUAGGGGUUUAUGGUUGUUUCAUGGAGACAAUUUUUCAGACAAGUGCAGGAGCUGUGGUGCUUACAGACGUUGUGUUUUGGCUAGUAAUAGUUCCUUUCCUAUCGAACACCCACCUCGGCUUAAACACGCUGAUGAUUUGCAUGCACACAGCGAAUGCAGGCUUCCUCAUCCUCGACACACUACUAAAUAGCCUCCCGUUCCCUUGGUUUCGAAUGGGAUAUUUUGUGAUAUGGAGUUGUCUCUACAUUGUCUUCCAAUGGAUCAUCCACGCAUGUGGUUUAUUAACUUGGUGGCCAUAUCCAUUCCUCGAGCUUGAUAGGCCAUGGGCUCCACUAUGGUACUUAGGCAUGGCAGUAGUUCACAUCCCCUGCUACGGAGUUUAUGCUGCAAUCGUAACAGCCAAGAACUCAUGCUUCCCCUAUCUAUUCCCAAAUGCAUUUUGUUACUAAUCUAUGCUACUCUUUAUUGUAUAAUUAAAGUUUGAACGUAUGAUUCGCAUCAACUUAGCAAGCAUUAACGAAUCGUGAGAAAAAAAAAAAAAAGCAAGCAUUAACGAAUAACCAAAGCAUAAUAUCCUUAAAUGAUGUUUAACAAAAGAUCCAUAACAUCCAAAAAAACUUCAAAAGCAGUAUUCAAAGAGAGAGAGAGAGAGAGAGAGAGAGAG